AUCGAUGACAGAAGAAAGGAACAAUUUGUCCCACCGGCGUUUUAUUUAGCAGCAGAAGGUCGUUCGCAGCUGGCAGCAGUUUGGCAAUAUUUAUAGCCAGAAAGUGACGUAAAUAAUUUAACUUUGUUUGAAGUUUGGAACUCGACGCGUGGAGUAAUCAGCGUGCAGGUUGGACUGGACCCUUGAAUCUCUGUGCCCUCGGUCUUAAAGCAGACCCCGGGCUAGCUCGACAGACCCAGCAUCUCCCUCUCUUGAAGCGGAGAGGCUGACUUGAUGGCAGCCUCGACCGGUGCCCGGAGAUUACCCAUGGGUGUUCGGACGUUCAGUGACUUUCUCCAGAUCGCCACUGUGGGAUCCCCUCGCUCGUGUCGCACGGCGGUGCAAAGAGGAUGCCUGCGACAAAACAUCAGACACUUGUCGUCAUGUGGCAUUUUGAUGACAAGAAGUCCCAGGGUGCUUUGCCUUCAAGAUUGUGACACAAUGACAGCGGUUUCCCAAAGCAGAAGCUUCAUCAGCCUCACCAACAAAAGGAAGGAGUACUCUGAACGUAGAAUACUUGGGUAUUCUAUGCAGGAAAUGUAUGAUGUUGUGGCCAACGUUGACGAGUACAAGCACUUUGUGCCUUGGUGUAAGAAGUCCCAGACCAUCAUGAAAAGAGCAGGUCACUCCAAAGCCCAGCUUGAAGUGGGAUUUCCUCCAGUAGUGGAAAGAUACACAUCUAUGAUCACUAAUGUUAGACCUCAUCUAGUCAAAGCAGUGUGUACAGAUGGAAAGCUCUUCAAUCACCUGGAGACGAUAUGGCGCUUUAGUCCUGGCAUUCCCGGUUACCCUCGUACCUGCACCGUAGACUUUUCUAUAUCCUUCGAGUUCCGCUCUUUGCUGCACUCACAGUUAGCCACCAUGUUCUUCGAUGAAGUGGUAAAGCAGAAUGUUGCUGCAUUCGAGCGGCGAGCCGGCAAGCUUUACGGCCCAGAGACUCGCAUCCCACGAGAGCUGAUGUUUCAUGAGGUGCAUCAGACGUGAUCUCAGCAACUGUACGUCUUCAUCUGGCCUUAAACCGUACCCUCUUUAUUCCCUCAAUAAACUUGCAUGAUGUGGCUUAGCAGGUCACUACAUCAAAUCUCCACUGCUUCAUAGAUGUUAUAGCGGCUACCAAAGGUGUAGCGCAUCUAACGCUUGCAAACAUAAUGUUGUAAUUCCUGCCUUAGUAAAUUUUUGCUCACAUCCCUUCUCAUUGUGUUACGUUUGUCCAUUUUCUGUCUACCUCCAGAUCCUUGUUUAGCAGAAAGAACAGUAAGUCAUCGCAGCAUUGUUACAUUGUGCUGGACACUCAGUUAUUACUUUAAACUUAAACUUCGGUUUUUCUAUAAGACACAGUCCCUUUUGCCGAAGCAGUUGUCUCACUGUAACUUGAGGUUACUACUAUCAAGUGAACUUCAGCUCUAAUAUAUUGGGAAAGCACAUUCUUUGCUUUUACACUUAGCAUUGACUUCAUUUCAAAUGGAAAUAGUAAUAUAUAGUUUGAAAUAAAGUACUGGUAUUGCUGCAAAAAUAAUAUUGCUUUUAGUUCUUUAAUUUAUUCAGCAGCACUUUUCAACCAGUUUUAUAGGGGUUCAUAUUGACAGUGCCAUGCUAUAAGAGCAUUAUUGUAGGUUAGUAUGAAGUGCAAAGGAGGAAAAUUAGCUGUGGCCUCAGUAUGCUAGGAUUUGAGAAAUGUCACUUUAACUUGGAUGCUGUGAGGAUUGGGCUUUAGAACGUUAAAAAAGAAAAAUUAGCAUAGUAGUUUUAAUACUGCCUUGUUUUACAGCCCAGCACUAGUAUCAGUCAGUAAAGGUGGGGAAAUAAGAAUUAGCACAACCAAGAACCCCUGUUGAAACUGAAAAAUCUGCAGUACUGUAAAAGGUAUCACAAAGAAUGUAAGAAGAGUACAAUGUUACACUCAAAAAUUAUCUUUAUGAUCGAUUAAAAACAAAAGAAGAAUUGGAAAUUAAAGAUGGCUUCUUGUGAUUUGAAUGUGGCUUAUAUUGUAAUUGGAUCAAAAAUAAACAUUGCCAUGUUAUGUGGAUUCUAACUGUUAGGAGUCAGUUUAGGUUAUAGUUUAAAAAAUGUAGGUGUGUCCUUGCUUAGUGGGCUGUUUUGUGUUUAGAUUGUUUGAAGGUGAUCCGGAGGAUGAAACACUCGAGUCAUCUAUCUAUAAAUUGUAGCGGUGGGCUGUAGAAUAAAACAUUACUUAUUUA